CGCAUUCUAUAAUUUAUCUGAACGGCUGGCUCUGCCUAGCCUAUUCUACUACGAUAUCCGCGGAGAAUACCUAUCUAAUCUAUGUGUGUGAUCGUGGAUCUUCGUUCUUCAUUCAUUUAGGAUCUCAAGUAGAAUCAGAAACUGCAUGUAAGCAUUCCGGCGCUGCCACCUAAUUUCGGCACAUUUCCCCAUAAAAUGUGGGGAUUAUCGUCAUGUUGUUAAGCGGUGAUUGUUCCAGCGGUAGUCGAGUGGGAUUCCCCGUCUUGUUGCGGACAUCUUCUUCAAAAAUCGCCUUUUAUUCGCAGACAAUGAUGGUGUAUUUUCCCGACGCGACCUACGGGGACUACCUGGCCGUGGGUUUGGCUAUCGUAUUCCUUGCGUUAGCAGUGGCACAGGUUUUCUUUCAUUUUGUUGGAAUAUUCUACGUGAAACUAUGUAUGUACAGAAAACCAACGAAUGUUCUCCGAGAUGAGAUGCCUGGUGUAUCUAUUCUGAAGCCUCUGUGUGGUGUUGAUUCCAACCUCCAACCCAAUCUGGAAUCCUAUUUCCAACUCAGCUAUCCACGGUUUGAACUGCUCAUCUGUAUACAAGACGAAGAGGACGAGGCUAUAAAAGUUGUUAGGCCGCUCAUGGAAAAAUACCCUCAUGUAGACGCAAGAUUAUUUAUAGGUGGGUCAAAGGUCGGCAUCAACCCAAAGGUCAACAAUAUGCUUCCAGGGUACAAGGCAUCGAAGUAUGACAUCAUCAUGAUCAGUGAUAGCGGUAUAUCAGUGUCACCAGAUACUUUAACUGAAAUGGUAUCAAGGAUGUCACCAACUGUGGGCAUGGUCCAUGGCCUGCCUUUCGUCCGUGACAGAGCUGGUUUCUCGUCAACGUUAGAUAAGGUUUAUUUUGGUGGAGCACAUGCCCGGAUGUACAUAACGGCAUGUGUUUUUGGAGUAAACUGUGUCUCAGGAAUGCUCAACAUUGUUAGAAAAUCAAUCUUAGAAGAAGCGGGCGGCUUAGUAGAAUUCGCCAAGUACAUUUCUGAGGACUAUUACAUGGGUAUAGCUGUAUUAAAAAGUGGAUUUAAGCAGAGGCUGAGUUUAUUUCCUGCAAUGCAGAAUUCAGGCAGUGCGUCAUUAGCAUCAUUUAGGAAAAGAAUGGUCAGGUGGACCAUGGUUAGAAUAAGCACAGUACCUGUCACGCUCAUAGGGGAACCCAUAAUGGAGUGCCUGGUGUUGGGCGUGGCUGUCUCAUGGGCGGUCUACCACCUGUUCAGCUGGGAUCCUUGCAUCAUCUUCAUCUGCCACACCCUUCUCUGGUUCAUCCUGGACUACUUUCAACUCAAAGUUCUCCAGCGAGGUCCCCUGAACUUCACCAAAGUGGACUAUGCAUUGGCCUGGUUCUACCGGGAGAUCAUGUUUAUCUUCUACUUCCUAGAGGGCGCUCUAAGCCAGACGGUCACAUGGCGGACGGGGACGUAUCGUCUCCGGUGGGGCGGGUACUUGGAAGAAUGCUGACACCGAACCUACGAAUCGUUGUAGAAAUGCUGACACCGAACCUACGAUCCGUUGUAAGACUUUGAAUGAACAGAGAAAAGAAGGUGCUCAUCGACUGAAAGCGUUGUCCGCAGAGGUUCCAAAACUUCUUCACCCGGUACCGUUUCCAAAGAAACAUUGUGCAAUGAGGGCUGUAAUAGUUUAAAAAUGGUUGUGUUAAACUCUACAAAUACGCCAAUUCUGUGUUUGGCAUGAGACAUCAGUAUUGUCAUACAAUGAGAAACAGAAGGACGUUAAAUCAAUUUCAUUUUUUUUCUUCCAAUCAGUGUAUAUAUCACAAUAUAUUUUGUCUUACAGUGACAUACAGAAAGGCAUUAACUCAAGUUUGAGAUUUUUGAAGUAUCAUUCCCAUCGUGCCCAUCUGAUUUUAGUAAUAUAAUGUUAAGAAUGAUUUGCUCAUUUCUAUAUCAUCAGUUUGAGGCUAGAAUGGUGUUACUUCAUAGCAUUCAAUGCCAACUUAAUGACAAAGGAUAAAGGUAAGCUCAGCUUUGAAAGGCUUCAGCUACAAAAGUGAUCCAUUUGUCUGUUGGUAUCAAGAUCCAAUCCAAUCCAGGAAUUUAUAAAGCGCCAAUAUCUAGUUGCCUAAUCAAAGGCGCUGAUGAGACUGAAAAACUACCAAAAAUUUCUGUUCAUGAUUCUAACUUGGAAAGACAAUUAAGAUCAUCCAACCAUUUUCAUAUCAAAUUACUUCAAUGAUAAUCUUCCUUAAGGAAGAAGAAAAAAUAAAUUUGAAGCUCUCAGUUAUUUGUCAGCUUUAUCAGUACUCACAUGUCUCUUAAUAAAAGGAAUAUUUUCACUUCAGCAGCAACAAAAUUACAAAGAUGAUUCCCACGGCUUUCUUGCAUGACAAGACAUUGUACCCUUUCAGCUCUCGCAAAGGUCUUCGGAGGCGGGUUUGCUCAGUUGCUAAACCAUCUACCCGUCAAACCAAAGAUCAUUGGUUCACAUCGAGCAAAGGUAGAGGAUUGAAAACCUUUGGGGUGUGUGAAGCUGCCCCAACAUUUGUUCAUAGACACAGGCUAGGUUGCAGUGGGAACAGGCUCUGUCCCUCGGAUAGGACUUUAAAUGGAGGCAACGUGCGGGAGAAGUGUCACCACCCUAAAUACAUGAAGAAGUGAAGAACUCACUCACUAGAAUAGGGGAAACCUGGGACCUGUUUCACAAAGCCUUUUUUUCAAGGACAAAUGACAAAACUCAGUGACAAAUCUGCUGAUAACCAAUCAGAAGCAAGGAUUUCAGUAGCUUAUAACCAAAACUGUCAUUUGUCACUGAUGACAAGUUUUGUGAAACACUCCGUGGUGUAGCGGUACACCUGCACAUCCCAAUCAGCAGUACAGGGAGGAAAGACCUUGGGGUCUCAGUGAUUAAAAGAUGAAAGUUGAGUUCAGGGCCCCGUCUUACAAAGAGUUGCAAUUGAUCCAAAUCAAUUGCAUUCCUACGAUCAAUCGCAAGUUUGCAGUCUCCUAUCUCUUAUGUACAUAGUUGAGAUUGAUAUCAAUUGCAAAGAAGUUUUGAUUGAUAUCAACACUUUGUAAUACAGGGCCCUGGUCAAGCAAUUCCUAUGUGAAAGAAGCAAUUGGGAAAGGUACAUUAUAUAGCACAUAGAGAUAUGUGUAGAUUGUGAGGUUUUGGAUUGGUCAAAAUGACCAGAAACUUACUCACUCCUCCUGAAAGCCCUGUGCACUGCACACAGGAAUGCAUCUAUGGGACUACACAAACUUGUGGCAUUGAAGUUUGGUCCAAAGCUUUCAGCUGUUUCUCGUAAUAUAUCGUACAGCUCCUUCUUCUGGAUUCAGGACUUUGUAAUAUGUGACCUCAUGGUUUUCACUGUGCGUUACGUUAUCUUCAAGCCUAAGUUCAAGGCUAAGUACAAGGUCAGUACUGUACUAUACAGUAAAGGUGAAUCAAGUAUCAAUCAAAUAUAAAGUGUCUUCAGGGACGUUGUGGUAACUUGUUGGAGUUUUUCUGUAAAUCUAUAUAAAUCUAUUAUAGAAAUUUAUCUGUGAAUAAUAGUUUAUGGAGGUAGAAAAAGAUUAAAUGUACUUCUAGCUCAUGAAUGUAGACUCAUUUUUGGUCUAGACUUUGUUUUAAAUCUUAAUGACUUUUUACUCUAUGUCGUCAGUGAAGCUUUGGAGUAACAUUUUGUUUGUUUUGUCUAAUGUCGGGUUUAUUGUUGGAAACUAGUAGUCUUAUUGAUCAGUAAUAAUACUUGUCUUUACUACAGGGUAGAUUCUAGUGCUGAUGUUGAUGUUCACAGUAGGGAAUUGGAUCUUCGUUGAUGACAAUGAGUUGGCAGAGUUGUCCAGUCAGCUAAUUUUGGAAAAAGAUAUGAUAUAGGAGGCAGUUGUUCUUCUUAAAAUGACUAUCAAGCUUAUUGGCACAUGCUUUCAGAGAGUCCUGAACAAGCGAAGAUCGCUAGAUAUGGUAAAAAUAAUUAUCCUAAAUUUGUAAGUUUGUUGACUCGGUUGUGUCGAUAGUGUUUAAAGCAGGAGGACUUCAUAUUGACAUGUAGACAGAGAAACCGCGAUGAUUACCGCACAAGAAAGUUCAUCUUUAAUCAAUGUAACUUCUUGUUCAUGUUAUGUCAGUGUGGUGUCUAAGACGUAUUCACCCAACUUAUAUUUGCACACUUGCUAUGCUAUAGCAUGCAAGUUGACAAUGUAACAAAUGUACAAUCCAUCUUCUAAUGCAUUUGUCACUGCCCUGUAGUCAUGCGUUAUCUUCAUCCUUUUUUCUCUGUGUGUCUUAUCAUCUCCUAUUAAAUUGAGCAGUUUCUUGCCAAAUUCCUAUUUAAAGUCAUUACAUGGCCUUAUUGUACAUACAUGUAUAUGUAUCUAUACUUUAUUUACCAAAUAAGGUUCCCUGAUCUGUUGGGCAACAUAGUUUAUCCAUUUUUAAAAUUAGAGAAUCUUAUACAUAAUACACUUUAUAGAUGAUGUUUCAAAUGCAUUACAAUAUAACAUUCAAAGGUGUAGUGUUUAAAAUGUGAAACUAGGAAGUUGAAAGAAAUUUUAAUCAUAAUAAGCAAGAGAAAUUGAUCAUUUAAUCCAGGAGUGUAAUUGAUUGCAAUUGCAUCAGCUAAGGUGAGAGAUGAGUUAGAUGGAUGGGUCUGUGGUUAUUGAGGGGUUAUAUGAGAACGUGUUAAUUAAGAAUAGGGGAUGUUUCACAAAACCUUUUUUCAAUGACAAAUGAUACAAAUCAGUGACAAAUCUUCUGAUAACCAAUCGGAAGCAAGGAUUUCACUAGCUAAUAACAAAAGUUGUCAUUUGUCACUGAUGACAGGUGUUGUGAAAUGGGGUCCAUGUCUAUGGGCAAUUCCACAUUAUUUUGUUCUAUACGUUGCAGACCACAUCCAAGAGGUUUACGUGUGUGAUGAUCGUGUUGUGUACAGUGUUGAUUUAGAAACCAUACAAGAGCUUGGAUCAGGGACCCAUUUCACAAAGCCUUUUUCAAAUGACAAAUGACAAAAAUCAGUGACAAAUCUGUUGAUAAUCAAUCAGAAGCAAGGAUUUCAGUAGCUUAUAAUAAUAACUGUCAUAUGUCACUUGUGACAAGUUUUGUGAAACGCCCCCCAGGACCUAAGGCUAAGGUCAAGUGAAAUGAUACUUUUGAUAACAAAAACCUUGGAUAUGCCCCUUUAGAUGUUGUCGGUUUGGAGCCAGAAGGGUGCUAACUCAUCUUAUCUACUUUAACACAGAGUUAACAUCCUUCUGGCUUUGAACAGACGGGAGACACUGCAUAAGAUACGGUUAAGGUUAAAGUUGAAGAUAUCAACAGAAGGUUAUUAAACUCCAACCUACCUGCACAUAUCCCCCUAUACUCAACUCAUGUAUGCUCUUCAUCAUAUCAUAUAUAAUUGUAUUCAAUUAUCUAUUUAGUUAUUCAAUUAUUCAAUAACCAAGCAUGCUACAUGGACUGGUUUAACCAUAUUUGAUACGAAGUCGGCAACAAUUCGCUGAUAUAUGACUCUCAAAAUAUGGAUAUUAAUCAUCUUAUGCGCAAUCACAGAGACCAAUGUAAAUCUGAAUUAUUUAACCUCAUAUGUUUAAUGACAUGAUACCAAAUUGACAAAUGUGUAAUCAAUUUUUGCUUAUUUCAACCCAGUAGUACUACGUUGUUAUACAUUUUUAUUUAUCUUA